UGCUUCUCAGGCUCCAAGAGGAAAAAACAUGAAGAUUUUGUGGCUGAGUAUUUUUCUGUUUUUAUAUAGUAACUCAGCCUGGGCAAAAGAGAAGCAUUAUUACAUCGGAAUUAUUGAAACAACUUGGGACUAUGCCUCUGACAGUGAGCAGAAACUUAUCUCAGUUGACACGGGACAUCCCGAUACCUAUCUUCAAAAUGGCCCAAAUAGAAUUGGAAGGUUCUAUAAGAAGGCCUUGUAUCUUCAGUACACAAACAAAACCUUUACAACAGUUAUAGAAAAACCUAUCUGGCUGGGGUUUUUAGGCCCUAUUAUCAAAGCUGAAACUGGAGAUAAGGUUUAUGUACACUUCAAAAACUUUGCCUCUAGGCCCUACACUUUUCAUCCACAUGGAAUAACUUACUAUAAGGAACAUGAGGGGGCCAUCUAUCCUGAUAACACCACAGAUUUUCACAAAGCAGAUGACAAAGUGUAUCCAGGCGAACAGUACACAUACAUAUUGGAUGCCAGCCAAGACCAAAGUCCUGGUGAGGAAGAUAGCAAUUGUGUGACCAGGAUUUACCAUUCCCACAUUGAUGCUCCAAAAGAUAUCGCCUCAGGACUUAUCGGACCUUUAAUAAUCUGUAAAAAAGAUUCUCUGGAUAAUGAAAAAGAAAAAAAUAUUGACCAAGAAUUUGUGGUGAUGUUUUCUGUGGUGGAUGAAAAUCUCAGCUGGUACCUAGAUGACAACAUUAAAACCUAUUGCUCUGAACCAGAGAAAGUUGACAAAGAUGAUGAAGACUUCCAGGAGAGUAACAGGAUGUAUUCUGUGAAUGGAUACACUUUUGGAAGUCUCCCAGGACUCUCCAUGUGUGCAGAGGACAAAGUCAAAUGGUAUCUUUUUGGUAUGGGUAAUGAAGUGGAUGUGCAUGCAGCUUUCUUCCACGGCCAAGUGUUGACGAAUAAGAACUACCGGAUUGAUACAGUCAAUCUCUUUCCUGCUACCCUCUUCGAAGCUUUUAUGGUGGCCCAGAAUCCUGGAGAAUGGAUGCUUAGCUGUCAGAAUCUAAACCACCUGAAAGCUGGUCUCCAGGCCUUUUUCGAGGUACAAGACUGUAACAAGCCUUCAUCAGAGGACGAUAUCCACGGGAAACGUGUUAGACAUUACUACAUCGCUGCUGAGGAAAUCAUCUGGAACUAUGCACCUUCUGGAAUAGACAUCUUCACCAAAAAAAACUUAACAGCACCUGGAAGUGCUUCAGAGGUAUUUUUUGAACAGGGUUCUACAAGAAUUGGAGGAUCUUAUAAAAAGCUGGUUUAUCGUGAAUACACAGAUGCCUCCUUCACAAAUCAAAAGAAGAGAGGCCCUGAAGAGGAACAUCUUGGCCUCCUGGGUCCUGUCAUUUGGGCAGAGGUGGGAGAUAUGAUCAGAGUCACUUUCCAUAACAAAGGAGCGUAUCCCCUCAGUAUUGAGCCAACUGGGGUGAGGGUCAGUAAGAACAACGAGGGCACAUACUAUACCUCACUUCACAACCCCCUGAAUGAAAGUGUGCCUUCUCCUUCAGCUUCGCAUGUAGCACCCAAACAAACAUUCACCUACGAAUGGACUGUCCCCAAAGAAGUGGGACCCACUUACAAAGAUCCUGUCUGUCUAUCUAAGAUGUAUUAUUCUGCUGUGGAUCCCACCAAAGAUAUAUUCACUGGGCUUAUCGGGCCAAUGAAAAUAUGCAAGAAAGGAAGUUUACUUGCAAAUGGGAGACUGAAAAAUGUAGACAAGGAGUUCUACUUGUUUCCCACAGUGUUUGAUGAGAAUGAAAGUUUACUCCUGGAUGAAAAUAUUAGAAUGUUUACAACUGCACCUCAUCUGGUGAAUAAGGAAGAUGAAGACUUUCAGGAAUCUAAUAAGAUGCACUCCAUGAAUGGAUUCAUGUACGGGAAUCAGCCUGGUCUCAACAUGUGCCAAGGAGAUUCAGUCAUGUGGUACUUAUUCAGUGCUGGAAAUGAGGCUGAUGUACACGGGAUUUACUUUACCGGAAACACGUAUCUGUCAAAAGGAGAAAGAAGAGACACAGCAAACCUCUUCCCUCAAGCAAGUGUUACACUCCUCAUGCAGCCUGAUGCUAAAGGGACUUUUGAGGUUGAAUGCCUGACAACCGAUCACUACACAGGAGGCAUGAAGCAAAAGUACACGGUGAACAAAUGCAAGCAACAGAUUGACGAUCCAAACUUCUACCUGGCAGAGAGGACCUACUACAUUGCAGCAGUGGAGAUGGAAUGGGAUUAUUCCCCAAGCAGGGAAUGGGAACGGGAGCUGCAUCGCCUACAAGAACAAAAUGUUUCGAAUGCAUUUUUAGAUAAGGAAGAGUUUUACAUAGGCUCCAAGUACAAGAAAGUUGCGUAUCGGCAAUACACCGACAGCACGUUCAGAGUUCCCGUGGAGAGAAAGGCUGAAGAAGAACAUCUGGGCAUUCUAGGUCCACAACUUCAUGCAGAUGUUGGAAACAUAGUUAAAAUUAUCUUUAAAAACAUGGCCACAAGGCCCUACUCAAUACAUGCCCAUGGGGUGAAAACAGAGAGUUCUACAGUUACUCCAACUUUACCAGGUGAAACUCGCACUUACAUAUGGAAGAUCCCAGAAAGAUCCGGACCUGGAAUAGAGGAUUCUGCUUGUAUUCCAUGGGCUUACUAUUCAACUGUGGAUCAAGUUAAGGAUCUGUAUAGUGGAUUAAUUGGCCCACUGAUUGUUUGCCGGAGACAUUACAUGAAAGUAUUCAACCCCAUCACAAAACUGGAAUUUUCCCUUCUGUUUUUUGUUUUUGAUGAAAAUGAGUCCUGGUACAUAGAUGACAACAUCAAAACAUACUCUGAACACCCUGAGAAAGUAAACAAAGACAAUGAGGAAUUCAUAGAAAGCAAUAAAAUGCAUGCUAUUAAUGGAAGAAUGUUUGGGAACCUGCAAGGCCUCACGAUGCACGUGGGAGAUGAAGUCAACUGGUAUCUGAUGGGAAUGGGCAACGAAAUCGACUUGCACUCGGUACAUUUUCAUGGCCACAGCUUCAGGUACCAGCACAGGGGCAUUUAUAGUUCUGAUGUCUUUGACAUUUUCCCCGGGACAUACCAAACUCUAGAAAUGUUUCCAACGACACCUGGAAUCUGGUUACUCCACUGCCAUGUGACUGACCACAUUCAUGCUGGAAUGGAGACUACUUACACGGUUCUACCAAAUGAAGGUGAAUAUCGAGUUAGUAAUUCUAGAAGUCACAUAGCGUGAAUAUAAUUAAGAUGCACUACUUUGCCUAAAUACUUUCCCCAAUAUGAAGCAUUCGUGAAUUCGCUGCCCUGAUUUCUUCCUUUCCUACCUCCAAAUAGGAAUUUUUUUUUUUACUGCUAAAGGGUGUGGGAUACUGCUUAUCC